AUGGAGAAGUGCAGCCCCAUUGUCUCGUUUCUGCUCGUUGAACUUCUUCUACUACAACUACUUAUUCAAAGUAGUAAUUCUCAGCUUCUCCCCAUAGUCGAUGAUGUACUUGGACGCCAUGGCACACAAGUGUACAUCAUUGACGUCGAGAGACAAGAGCAGCACGAUCUCCUCAGCGACGGUGACCUUGAGAGCUUUCACCGCUCCUUCCUACCAAACUCCACCCUCGAUUCCGGCCAGCCGCGGCUGGUGUACUCUUACCGUCAUGUUCUCAGCGGCUUCGCUGCACACCUCACUCCGGGAGAGUUGGAGGUCGUCAAGUCCAAACCCGGCUUUCUCUAUGCGCAGUGCGACCGCCGCUAUCAGCUUGCGACAACCUACACACCAAAAUAUCUCGGUCUAACCACAUAUAAUGCAUGGGGAUCCUCUAUGAUGGGACAAGGUCUUAUCAUUGGUGUAAUCGACACUGGCAUAAAGCCCAGACAUCCUUCAUUCAAAGACACUAACAUGCCACCAAAGCCACCUAUUACAAAAUGGAAGGGAAACUGUUCAUAUACAGGUUUUCCAUGUAACAAUAAGAUCAUUGGAGCAAAGGCAUUUUAUGGAGGGACACACCCUUCCCCUGAAGACACAGAUGGACAUGGAACUCAUGUGGCAAGUACCGCAGCUGGCAACUUUGUCAAGGAUGCAAAUGUUCUCGGAAUGGCAAAGGGUGAUCCAGCAUCUGGCAUGGCACCUAUGGCUCAUCUCUCCAUAUACAAAGUAUGUUAUCAAAAAGUUGGGUGUGACGGAGCUGACACGUACGCUGCUAUCGAUCAAGCGAUAAAAGAUGGGGUGGACAUUAUCUCGAUGUCUAUUAGUGGCUAUCAUAAUGCUACGCUUUAUGAGGAUUCAAUUUCCAGGGGUUCUAUGGCAGCCAUACAAUAUGGAAUCAUUCCCGUCGCUGCAGCUGGAAAUGAUGGUCCGAAGACUGGGACACUCUGUCAUAGCGCGCCAUGGGUGUUAACUGUUGGAGCAUCAACCACUGAUAGAAGAAUAUCAUCCAUUGUGGAGCUGGGAGAUGGUAGAACGUUCCUUGGAGAGUCAGCGUACCAACCAUCAAAUUGGAAUUCUAAUACCAAGUGGCAGCUUGAAUAUCCUGGCAAGAAUGGUGACAUUAAUGCUCGUUGUUGUGUGCCUAGUGAAUUGGCUAACUGGAACUUAAGAGGUAAAAUCGUGAUAUGCGAGGCUUGCCUAGUUAAGGAUGAGGAAAAAGGAAAGGCGGCAUACCUAGCCGGUGCGGAUGGCAUGAUCGUAUUAAAUCAACCUGCCCAAGGGCACACCACUUCUUCUCCUGCUCACAUUCUGCCGGCAUCAAAUAUCGGCCACCCGGCAAGAGUUGAAAUUUUGGACUACUAUUUCAACAACCAACCCUAUGCAUUUGCGAGCAUACACUUCCAAGGCACCAAAUUCGGAUUCAUUCCCUCCCCAGCUGUCGCAUCCUUCUCCUCUCGCGGGCCAAGCCGCAUGAAUGGCGGGAUCAUCAAACCCGACGUGCUUGCUCCUGGAGUCAACAUUUUGGCCGCAUGGCCAAGAGAUGUUGGCCCUAACCCAAAUCCAUUGGCGACCCACACGUUCAACUUUGAGAGUGGAACCUCCAUGGCCACGCCGCACGUAUCUGGGAUUGUGGCAUUGGUGAGAAGCAAGCAUCGCGGGUGGACCCCUGCAGAGAUCAUAUCAGCGAUCGUGACGACUGCAGUAGACUCAUGGUCGAAUUCCGGCGAUCUCAUUGUCGACGAUAACUCUUACAAAACUGCUGGGAUAUACGCCACGGGGGCUGGUCAGGUGAACCCAACCAGGGCGAUGGACCCAGGCCUUGUGUUUGGGCUCACCUUAAACGACUAUAUUGGAUAUCUUUGUGGCCUUGGGUAUAAUGACCAAGAGAAAAGCCGCAGUAAAUUUCGGCAAUUUCUUUUCCGUCGCUGUAUUGUGAUUAUUAUUUCCUUCAUCAAUGGCAAGAAGAAGACCGAUGGCAAUUCGGAUCCUUUUCCAAGCCACAUUCUCGGAUGCCUGUACCUGCCUUACUUCUCCAUUAUUACUGAAGAUUUCCAUUUAUGUCUUUCAUGGCCUCUCAGCCAAAUGGAGCAGUGUAGCAGCCCCAUUGUCUUGCUUCUGCUCAUUGAACUUCUUCUACUACAACUACUUAUUCAAACUAGUAAUUCUCAGCUUCUCCCUACAGUCGAUGAUGUACUUGGACGCCAUGGUACACAAGUGUACAUCAUUGAUGUCGAGAAACAUGAGCAGCAUGAUCUCCUCAACCACGGUGACCUUGAGAGCUUUCAUCGUUCCUUCCUAUCAAACUCUAUCCUCAAUUCUGGCAAGCCAUGGCUGGUGUACUCUUACCACCAUGUUCUCAGCGGCUAUGCCGCCCGCCUCACUUCAGGAGAGUUGGAGGUCGUCAAGUCUAAACCCGGCUUUCUCUAUGAGUAG